CAAUGAAUAUGUUCUAAAUACAGGAUAAUAAAAUACAGGUAUUGAGUAUUGAGGUAUCAAUUCUAUUUCUAUAAAUAAUUGUAUGUUAUUAAAUAAUAGUUACUUAAUUUAAAAAUUGUUGAUGAUCAUCAUCAAAGAUUUAGAUGCAUAGUCAUAGAUGAUGGUUUUAUCUUGAUAUUGCCUAUUGAAAAUUGCCUGUGAAUGUGAGUUGCAAACAUAAUCGGCAAUGGACAGUGGACAGUGUUUCUGUUUUACAUUUACUCACUCACAUGUUUAAAAACCAUCGCCAUCAUUAAAAAGUAUUGAAAAUUUGGUCUAAAAUCUAUAUAAACGUACAUAAAUAAGCUGAUACUAAUGUCAAAGAGCUCUUACAAUGAAGUUACAUUUUGCUUUUCUUUGUCUAUACUCGGUAAGUAUGUUUUGCUCUCCUCACUUCUCUUUUUUAGAGUUAGUAACUUAAUGUCUUAAUGGAGGGGUCCUAAUGCUGUUUAUAACCCUCAGCAUUAUUCCUAGCUGAUAAAUGGUUUAUUACCACUAGCAAUAAAAAAAAAGGAAUGUAGGUAAAUUAUGGGCUGUAUUUUGAAUCAAUAAUUUGUUUUAACAGACUUUAUUAUGAUAGCACUAUUAUUAUUUUUUCUUUUAUCUUAUCUUCUAAGAAGAUGAUUACGCCCUACCUAACACAUGUCCAUGGUUUAACUCUAGUCCUAAAUUUUUUUAAAUGGCUGGGAAUAAUGUACAAUGCCAAACAUUAUUCCCAGCCGAUAAAUGAUUUGCUACCGUGAUUAGGCGACUGUGAAUAACAAUUCCAUUAACUUAAAUAAACAGUCAUAAUAUUAAGUUUUAAAUAUUAUUAUUUCUCUAGGUGAAUACAGUAUUCAUUGGUGAAGUUGAAUUUGCAGAAAAACCAUCGCCUACUUGCAAAUACCAACUAUCUUAAAAUAAUGGAUACAAGUUUAAUAGUUCUUGAUGUAAGUUGAAGCUCAUGUUUGAAAUAAAUAAACUCAAGUAAAAACUAAUUUUGUUAGUUUAAAAAAAGUAUAAUCAGUACAAAAAAAAAAAGUAAUUUAUUGACAUUAGAAAGAUAGUUAUAUUUUCGUUCAAAUUUGACAGAAUAUACAUUUUUUAAAGAUAACUAGCAUGUUAAGUUGAAAGCCCAGUUUGAUACAGGUGUGUUAAAUAUUAAUUUUAAAGAUUUAUUUAUGCUGUCCAUUGGAAUGUUAUGCCCGAAGACCAUGCUCUUGUUAGGUUUUGUGGAAAAGCCACUGCUGCAUCUAUGAAUUUAUGAAAAUUAGAUGUUUGUCAUUUACAUUUUACCUGCAAAAUUAAUCGUCAAAAUAAGAUUUUUUGGGAUUCCUUAAUACAGCAAACAUGGGUUACAUAGCUGUCUUUGCAUUGUAAGUUUAUUAUAAUAUAAAUCACAGGGUGGGUUUGCCAUAAGCCUCAGGGGACAAGGGAUUGAAUAUGUAGUACAAGAACAAAAAUAACAACAUAAAAAAAAAAACAUAAAAAAAAAACAAGAAUGGAAUGUUAUUCUUUCAAAUUGAAAUAUUUAAAAAAAAUGUUUAAUUGCAGCAUGACAGACAGAAGAUUUUUUAAAAUUAAACCUUAAGAAAAGCCAUAUUUUUAAGCCUAACCUAUUGUAAAACAGUCCAACAAAAAGGUUCAAUAUUAUGAUAAAAAUGUUUGACUUCAGUACAGAAACUUGGAAGAUAAACAGAGAUUGCAUAAAAGUGUAAAUUGAUAUAAUUUUUUUCACACAGAAUAUUCCUCUCUCGUAUAGCGAGGAAUUGAUGAUUGAACACAUAGAAGCUACCCUGGAUGUAGACGUACAAUGUGCCAAGAUUAUAGGAGAUUUGGCUCUAUUUUCGCUGGAACAUAACCUCGACGGUAGAGCUCAGCAUUACUACAAUAAACCUGUGGUCAAAGUUACAAAAUUAUAGAUUUUACUUUAAUACUUACUACCAUUGAAAACUUAAAAAAAUACUUCUAGCAAUUUAAUAGAUUGUUCCAUAAUAAAAUUGUGUAAAUAAACUUUAGUGUUGCCGGCUCAAGGAAAAUGUUACAAUUUUGCUGUGUGAAGGGCUUCACAUGACAUUUUACUCGAUAAAUAUUUAUUAUUAGCCAGGAAUUACUUAAAAUGCUUAUUUAUGCAUCACAAUGUUUAUGCCUAUAAAGAUCAGAAAGAAAUUUUCUUUAAUAUGCACUAAACUGACUAAUAUAUAAGCUAAUAACUUUAUCUAGAGAAGUGGAACAACGAAACAUUUUUAAUUAUAUUGUUGCCACUAAGAUUUCUAUCAUCCUUAGGCUUUUAUAGUAUGUCCACAUGUAAAUGUUUGGAAUAGUUCAUUUAUUUUCAUUUAACUUAAAGAUAAAGCCGCAGUUUAAACUAUUUUCCUAUUUCGUUAAUAAGUUUUUUCUUAUUUAGUUCAGACUCAAAUUGAGUUAAUAAAAUUUAGAAUGACAAACCAGCUUUAAAAAAGUCUAAAACUUCUGUAAACUCUAAAUUCCAGAAAAACAGUUUAAACUAAGACAUCUAUACUUUUAUUCUUCAGAUUUUGAAGCAGCCGCUAAAAGAGUGAAAAAAGUCACACUCGAAGGACGUACUAUAAAAUUGCUGCCAGUUGAUGAAAACAAUGAAAAUGCUGUUGCAAUUUAUGAUUACAAGUCUGACGUAAUACACAAAACAUCUCUGAAAAAAUACUUUGAACAACAAUUUAAAGAUGGAAAAGGGUGCAUAUCAUCAUGCAAAUUCUGGAAGAAAUUCAAAUUGGGAAUAAUUCAUUUCAAGCCAGGGUCUGAGAAAUGUAAGGAGUAAUUUUAUUUAUUCCAGCCCCUCCCAUCUGCCAUUUACCUCGUCUUACCUAGUUUACACACCUGGAAAGUAUACACAACGAAAUAGUAUUUUCAUAUUUAUAAAAAUUCCUUUUUGUUCAAAAUAUAAAGGAUAAGGGACUGCGUUGUGUGAAUGAAAUAGCAGAAAAGGAUGUGUGAAAGCUUGAAAGGAAAAUAAACAACAGGACAAUCAAAUGUUUACUUAGUCUGCUGAUGAAGAGUUCUGGCCGAAAUGUUUGUUUGGAUGUCCUUUUUUUUCUCCUUCCUUUCAAGCUUUGGCAUAUUCUGUUCUACUGUUAUAUUCAGCAACACACUUUCUUCAUCCUUUUCUAAAAUUUAUGGAUUUAUCAUAGCAGCCUUAACUAAACUAGUAAAACGCAAUAUGUAUGCAUAAAAAGUCGAUUUUUAAAUUCUAUGCCAAGUUAAAGGGUGUCUUACAACACUUCGGUGGAUGAUUUUUAUAAGUAGGCUUUUUCUUAUUAGUCUAAAUAGUCCAUUUUGUCUGGCAUUUAAACUAUGGGGGGAGAGGGUGGGAGAGGAGGGGGGGGGGUUGUGUGUUUGCAUAAAUAAUAUUUGAGGGUGUUUUAUAAUUGUCUUUUCUAAUAUACAUUUUACUUAUUAAACUUAAUACUAUGUUGACUGGAUAAAAAUUAAACAUUAAAUAUUGUUUAAAAUUUUCAAAAUUGCAUAAAUUAUGAUUAUUAAAUAAUAGUUAAUUUUAGCUAAACAUUUGAGAAGUUAUAGGUAUUUUUCAGAUUUAAUUAGGUUUAUGAUUUAAAAUUUGAGACAGUUAUGAAUUGUUAGUGCAUUUACUGUUCAAAAUCCUUUAUGCAUUGAACAAUAUUUUUUAAUAAUUGCUUUUUACAGUGGUUGGAAAAUUACUUAAAAAAGACAAACACAGACCAGUGCAUGGUGCUACUGUUAGUAUCCAACCCUAUUAUUACAACUUCCAUGAUUUAGUGGAAAAGAGGUUACCCUCAGAUGAGAGUGUCCAAGCUGAAAUACCUUGCUGUGAAAAAGUCACAUCUCAGUGUAAAGAAGAUGACUCUAGUGAAAGUGAAUCGAAAUCAGAUAACAGUAGUGAAGACAGUAGUGAACAAGAAUCGGAUGAGGAUAGUGAAGACCAGUGUGAAAGAGAGAGUCACAGUGAACAAGAAUCGGACGAGAGUACUAGCAGUGAAGACCAAAAAUGUAAAAAUACUGGCAGGCAUAAGGGCAAUUUUUCAGAUGUAACAGGUAGCGAUGGAAAUAACACAUACUCAGAGUCGGAAGAUGACAGCGAGGAGAAAAACAUGGGCAAACAGAAGGGUAAAAGUAAUAUUAGAAAAGAAAAAAGCAAUCCAGAUGGCAACAAAGGUGACCCAGACUUAUCAGAUACAGAAAAAAAUGAAAAAAAUUUUAAACAGGCCAAGUGUAAAGAUGAAUCACUUGAUAAACCUGUUGAAAAAGUUGCUAGUUUUUCCUUAUGCUCUGAAAAAAAUAAUCUCCCAAAGGAAAGGAAAGAGCAUGCAAUGAGCCAAGCACACUAUCUGCUAUUAAAGGAACACUUUGGUACAUUUGAUAACUGUAGCGUUGAAUUUUUGCAGGAUGAGAAAAAAGCUGUUUUUGAAGGUGACGAAAAAGAUGUUUCUCUCCGCCAUUGGAAUAUGUUUUCAGAACUUAGAGAAAUAGAGAAAGAUAGUCUAAAUUUACAGGGAUGUCUGCCCCAAUUACUUGCAAACGAAAAAGGGCAACACUAUUUAACAAAUCUUAGAGAAAUGGAAAGCGUAACACAUUGUAUCGACAAUGAUCAGCUUCUUCUAGUUUCAAGGAGCUUCAAUGCCUUAAACAAUGCUGCCGAAAGAUUGAGAGACGUUUUAAACUAUAAAGAAACAUUUACGACAGUAAAUUGCCAGAUACCACUAGAGCAGUUGGAAACCUUGAAGACAAAAUUAGAAAAAGAACUUUUAGUUAACAUUUCAUGGAGCGUAAACCAAGAAGAAAUUUUCUCAGAAGGUGUCAAAGACCACGUACUCUUAUCAAAACAAGACGUAUGUGCGAUGAUUGAAAAAUUUAGUGAGGUUACUAGAACCUUCGUCAUUGAAAGUUAUAAGGCCAGUUACCUACGUUGUCAUCCAUCACCAAAAAUUAAAUCAAUAUUUCAAAAUGUUAGAGACUGGUCUUACGAUGAGGGCUACAGCAAAGGUCCUAUGACUUACACUUUUACUGGUCAAAAUAGCUCGGUCAGCCAAGUGGAAAGUUUGCUACAGGCGCUCGUUGAUAACAUUGUGACUCGUAAAAUAGAUUUCCAAAAGGAAUACUUCAGUAUUGAUGAUAUUAAAGUUAUAACUUUAGGACUCAAAACCCCUGAAGUUAAAAAUAAACUCGAGGAAUUUGAAAGGCAGGAAAAAUGCUUUCUCAAGGUUAAAAUGCCAGACGAGUCUGACCUUAAAGAUAUGAAUAAAAAAACUCAAGCUAAAUCUGAUAUUUUUACUGCGGGAACAUCGUGUAGGAUUCUACUGAAAGAAGGAGAUAUAAUAACUGAAAAGGCUGACGUGCUUGUCUGUGUAUUAGAUAAAUCUAUCAAUUUAAAAAAGACACUGGUGGGAAAGGCUUUCAACUCAGCAUGUUCUCAGCUAAUGGAGCAACUGAAAACCAUGCACAAAGAGAACCCGUCGUCUCUUGUCCAUAUAGUUAAAGGACCCUUUUCACCCCCUUUAUUAUCUUGCCUAGCCAUUUGUGGCGUCAUAUUAAGCGUUUGGGAUGAGGCUUCUUCUCCAACUACACUAGCGAGUAUACUAACGAAUGUUCUUGACGAGGCCAUCAAAAUGGGUGCCAGGUCGGUCUCGCUACCCACUUUAGGUCAUGGUAGAAUGUUCAAAUUUCCACCAAAAUGUAUCUCUCAGAUUAUUAUAGACACUCUUCAGACUUAUCUAUCGUCUGACCCAGCCCUGGAUGAAGUUAUUAUAAUGAUCAAUGACCAAGAAAUGCUUGACACCCUUAAACUUGUUGCCCAGCAGAACCUGACGGCUUGCUCGCCAACACCUCUUGACAUUGAUUCCAGCAGUGGCGAUGAAAGCGCUGACGAUACAGAUGAGAAAACCAUUCUAGAUUUGGCAGAAGCUGGUGACUUAGAAAUUUCUGUUACAAUGAUGAAAAUGGAUGACCCCGAAAAAACACUUACAAAAUUAAAAGAUUUGAUCAAAAGAAGGUGUUUGCAUACUGCUGAGUUUGAAAACAAGAUGCUGUUAGUCUUAGACCAAGUGAUUGAGGAAGAGGCUCAAAAUCAUUUAGUGUAUAUUAGGAAAUCGGCAGGGACAGAAUCUCAUCCGAGAAAAAUUAUCAUUAAAGGAUUUAAAAAACAUGUCAAAAAGCUGGAGUCUUUCAUAAGAACAGAGCUCAGUAAAAUACAAAUGGCUAUGCAAAAUAAAAUUCUGGCGUCAGGUGAUGCCCCGCCUCGUGGUACUAUGGAUUUCUUAAUGUAUGCUGCAAACAUAACAGAAAUGUGCCCAUCUUAUUGGGGAUUUUGUCAACAACCAAGUUUCUUGAAGCGUGUGCUUGGAGCUUUAAAUUAUAGAUUUAAAGGUACAGAAAAAAAACACGUAAUAAAUGUAGCUGUGGACAAAGCAACAAAAAAGGCGAUUGUUGAGCUAUUUGAAAAAACUUGGGAUUCAACACAUUCAGGGCUAGGAAGAGAUGCCAAAGGUUUGGUAUCUAACGCAGGUUGUGAGGUGUUGAAUGUUGAGAGGAUUGAGAACCCUCUUUUAUUUGAGCCUUACGCCCAGACACGGAAAAAUUUAUUUGCAAAAUAUGCUGAGAUGGGGAAGAUGUGUGAUGAUCUCAGUACAACAUUACCAAGAGGCCAGAUAAGAACCACUGAGCUGCUCAGCAGCACCCUGAAGGAUCAACUGUAUCAUGAAGUCAAUGAACAUUAUCUUUUUCAUGGAACAAAAAGUAACCUAAUUGAUGCUUUGACUCAACAUGGCCCCGAUCCUAAACUCUGCACAAACGCAAUGCUUGGUAGCGGUGUGUAUUUAGCAGAAGCAUCAAUCAAGUCGGAUCAGUAUGCAGGUAAUUUUUUUUUUUAUUUGUUUAAGUUUACAUCAUUGGUGGGAUGAGGUAGGGUUCCUUUUUAUGGUUCACGUCUAAUUUUAAACGAAUUGUUACAAUUUGAUCAUUUAUUUUUAAAAAGUGUUUGUUUUCUUUGUGUUAAAUUUGAUCAUUUAUUUUUUUAAAUUGUUUGUUUUUUGUGUCUAUAUUCUAUAAAGUUUUUACCUUGAUUGUUGCAUCUGGUCUAAACUUGAUACACACAACUUUCAUUAUAAACCUUGCCUAGUCUAGUCCCAACUCAACACAUCCAGUCAGUUUAAAGUAUUGUCAUGGCCCAAUAGCAUUUUUUUUCUAUAAAACUUAUUUUAAAAUUAGAUGUAAAAUUAUCUAAAAAUGGCAUCAACACUCAAAUAAUGCAGCCAAUUUUAAUUGAAUGCCCUUUAAAGGUUCUAUUGCAGAGUUUUCCAUUUUUUAAUGUUAGUGUAAAACUACAUCAUUUUGCAACAUAGCCAUUCAGCUUUCCUUGUAAAGUGGGGAUUUAUCUCAUUCCUGAUUUAUAAGUGAUAUAGAUGCCGUGUCUAUUUUUCUAUUCGUUGGUUUUUUUUUUGUGUUUGGGGGGGGGGGGGGGGGGGGGGGAGGAGAGGAUAUCUUCAGAUGUUCUCGUGCGCACUCCCAGUGGUGGAUGAACAGCACUAACCCUAGCUACUCAACUAGGCAGUGCAUAUAACUGCACCAAUUUUUAGCAUCUUAGAUACCAGGGUCAGCUAUACAUCAGCAUCAUUUUACAAUUAAUCGGAGGCAGAGAUGCUAUAAUUACUGUGAAAUUUAGGUAUCACUUGACCUCAGCUUGACCUGGUUGUGUUUACACAAAUUAAAGUAAAAAUGCUAAUACAACAUGAGUUGUUACUAAAUAGUAAUGUUGAAUUAUACUUAAUUUUUAUUUGAAUUUUUUAUUCUGAUAUACUGCUACUACUACUACUAGUUAUUACUACUACUUCAUUGAAAAAAAAGUUUUUCAAUACAAAAAGAAGUGGGUCACAAAAUUCAAGUUUAGAAUUACCAUUUCCAAAUGUAAUCAAAUACAAAAGUAGAAAAAAAAACUCUGUUUUGUAAAGAGAAAAUCUUUUAAAAAAAUAUUAAGGUAUUAUUAUUAUUAUCAUCUUUAAUCACCAUUUUUAUAAAUUGCAUGUGUAUAGUAUGAUAAAAGUAUACAUUUUCAAUAUAAAUAUGAUUUUAUUUAUUAAUAUUUAUGUGUACCUAAGGGCCUCUCCGCAAAAGACCUUGACUAGGUUGAAGAGAAAAAAAAGGGGGAGUGGGGGGGGGGAAUAAGUUCAGAUGCUCACAUAUUUGGAUACUAUUCAUCAACAAAUGUAAAUAAUAGGAUUUUAAUCUUUUUAAAAUAAAUUCUCUCUUAUUCUCAGGUCUGCUUGUCUUAAAUCUAGUGAUUUAUAUUAUCAUAUAUAUUUAGAAGUUAAAAUCGUAUGAAUUUUAAGGACUUAGCUCUUUAUAAUAGUUUGUUAUUAUCCUGCCGGGCAUUUUUGAACCGUAUAACAGUAGAUAUACCAGAGAUUAGUAUGAAACCAAUUUUUUCGAAUGGAAUGUUGUUAGAAAUGAAGGUUAUUCAUAUUCAAAUGGAAUUGUGAGUGAGAAAUAUGGUAAAUGUAAACUUUUUUUAUAAAGUUUACUUUUGACACAGAAAGUGCAGGGAGCGGGACCUGGAGAGGGGGCUCAUCAAGCCCCGCCCCACAAAAUUUUUAAUGUAAGGAUGCAUUUUGGCACAUACUUAAAAUUUGUUUUUCAUCAUUCUACACUGAAUAGGAAAACUUUAGUCAAGAGCCUUGUAUAAUUGUUCAUGUACUUAUUUCUUUCUUUUCCAAGCUUUCUUUAGCUUUAAAUUUUAUUCAGUUGUUAUAAGAUUAUAUUGCAAAGGCAUUUUGGCUUAGUUCUCUAUCCACUUCAAUUCAGAUUAAAAUCCAUUUCUCAUAUUUUUUAUAUCACUUUCAUUAGUUGAAUAAAUUUCUGUGGUAUUACUCAGACAAAUCUAAUAGAACAAAAUUAACUUAUUCUAAAUCAACUAACAGAAAGUUGUUUUAAUUUGACAAAAAAAUGAGUUUUUAAAAAAUGAACCGCUUAGACCUAUAAUUAAGUUAAAUGUUUAAAGGCAAUGUGAAUCAAUACUUUAGGUCAUCAGAAUAACUGGGUGAAAAAUAGAGCUACUUAAAUUGUUACCUUAACAACAGAGAAAAACAUUAAUUUUUUAAAUGGCCUCACUUUUGCAAAAAAACUCACUGUGUAAAAUGCUGUAUAGAAACUUCCCCAAUGGGGGAGGAGUGGUGCAAGCCACUUGUGGACAAGUGUAGACAAUGGGGAGGGGUUAGAAAAGAUUCAUAUUUUUGUGGACCUGUAACAACCCUUAAUAAAUGAAACUUAUGCAACAAUUUAAAAUUAUUGAAUACCAACUACUUAAUAUUUUAUGAGAUGCCAGAGCAUGAUGGGAUGAGCACAGAAUUUGAAAAUUCUAUGGAAUGUUAUUUAAAGACACUGUCCUUUCGUCAUAAACAUUUUAAAAUUUCCAUGCUCCUUUUAAAUAUAUGUUGUAAAGGACUGCAGAAUUUUUAAAAUGCUUUUUAAAAUAAGCCUGUGUGGUUUUUUUUGAAAAUCGAAUUCAAAAGCUUUUUAAAUCCCCUUAUCCAUACUUCAUUAACAGAAGCCAAUACUUUUUUGAAUUGCAGAUUAUUAUUAGUAUUCAGUAUGUGAAAAUUUUAUUAAGUGCAGUUUUGGAAAAUAUUUCAGAAUUUCCUUCUUUAACUUCUGUUCCCAAUGACUAUCUCAUCCCUCAUAGAAAAAUUUUUACCUACGCUAUUAUGAUAAUUCUCCUUUUCCUUACAUACUGGUGUUUAUUUUAUUCAAAUUUACUAUAAUAUUCUGUAGUUUCCUCUACCAUUGUACUUGUACCAUUUUGUUUAUCCCAAAAAUUUACUUCAGCGGAAAUACAUAUAUUUCUCAACACACAGUUUGAAAAGGACUUUUCUAUGACAUUGUGUAUAUUUACGUAAGGUUAAAAAAGCUUGUAUUGGUAUAUAAAGAGGAGUUACCAUUUCAUAACAUCUAUUAUUAAUUGAUUAUAGUUAAGUCAUGUAAGAAACCAAAAGUGUGACUGAAUAGCUAUAUGGCUUUUGUAGCAUACGAUGCAAUUUUUGGUGUUGUUGUUGAAAAUCAGCAUGUGGCAAUCAUAAAAAAUGUAAGCCUGAGAAGCCAGGAUAUAUUUGCUAGCAUGUAUCUAUAUCUUGGCCGUUUGUCUCUUGGUCGGUUUACAUGGCUUGUCUUUUUUUGUUGAUGCCUUUAGAUCCAAAGAACAACCGCUCACCUGCGGGCGAAGAGUUGAAAAUGUUGCUUAUGCGAGUUUUACUUGGAAAUACAUAUGUCAUCAACAGGGAUCACCCAAGAGUACAGAGAGGUAAAUAUUAAACUACAGGACCUAUUUUUUUCAUCCCUUUCAUUUAACUAUAAAAUUGAAAGACAUUGUUGAAGGUAAAAUCUACAUGUUUCUAUGAUUUUUCCACCACACUAAAAUUUAGUAAAAUUUACCACAAAAAAACUCCUACAUCAAAAAUUAUUUCACUUUGGACAUACAAUUAAACAAGAGCUAUAUAUUUUUCAAAUCAGUAAAUGAAGGACCCAUCAAACUCUUAUAGACAAUAUUGUGUGGCUUGCCUAAGUUUGUUGAUUAUUUAUUUAUUAGCCCUUUCAAGACUUAAAGUUCGUAAGAAUACUAUUUUUAAACCUUAAUUGAUUUAUAUUUCUUUAUUAAAAUAAUUUGAUAGUCCACAUUGUAGCCAACAUUUAUUUUAUGCUUAAUCUAUAUAUUAUAUUUGUCAAGGUCAAGGUUUUACUCCAUUGAAGCGACCUCCUUGUGCUCAGUGUCAAAGUGACGUGUGCUCUGAUGUAGGACACCAUCAUUGUGACUCUGUUACGCUUGACAGUGUACUUACUGAUACUAGAAUUCUCUUCAGAGAGUUUGUUGUGUACGACAUGAGUCGGUGCUACCCAGAAUACAUCAUAACCUACAAAAGAAAAUAAUCCUAAAAAUUAAUAUUGGCCAUAGGAUCCAUUUAGAUUUUAUGUCAUAUUCUUUUAUUGUGUGCUUGCUUUGAAAGGUCUUGACAUGAUUUUGAGUGGCAUCAUAAAGUGAUAAAUGUUUCAUUAGUUUACAGUCAUUUUUUUAUAGUUAUAUUUACUUAUGACUUCAUUUUUUAAAUCUCUAUGUCAUUUAUUCCACUGUUUAAAGGUUGUUAAGUAAUUAAAUUAUCCUUAUUGUUUUCUGGUUUCAAGAUCAAUGAUGGAAAAGUCCAUUCAAGAUAACCGUAACUUAUCCAAAGGACUCUGAGAUCUCUAUUUGUCAUUAGCUGUUUAACUCAUUCUGGGAGCUAAGCAGGUUGAGGCAAAACUUCAUUCACCAACUCAAACAAACUCUACACAAUAAUUUAACACCAUAAAAACGAAUGCCCCAUUCAGCCCCUUCUUAAAAUGAAUGCAUUAUUUUUGUAGUACAAGCUAGCUAUUACCCUGAUCUUAUUAUGUCUAGACUCGUGUGGCAUCGAGUCAAGGCAAUGGUCUGAACCAUCCUGAUUAUUUGUUGGAAUUGUCAUGUCAUCAUAAAAAUAUAUGCUCGUACCCAUUAACCCUUUAGCAUUUAAUGAUUAUUCGAUAUAUCUUUAACUUUAUUUUGUUUAAAAGUAGAUAAUUGAUUUGCAUAUAUAACAGUCAAUAAAUUUUUCAAUGUGUCGAUUGUUAUAUGUUGAGGAAUUCAAGUGUAAUGUUGUGGAGGCAGUAGUGGGUGUAAAUAUACACAACUUUUGUCUAUCCUAAAAGGAGGAGACUUAAUCUUAAACAGCUAUCCUUGAUAUACUUUUCUAGUAAUUUGAGUGAACCUUAAAUAUCUAAAACUGUGCAAUCUUUGUUCCAUUUUCAGGACGCGUGAUAUUAUAAGUGAAUUUUUUAUUAAUGUAAAAACUGUUUUUGAAUUUUACACAUUUUUUAGUUAAAGAUAAACAUCCUUAUACUUCUUACAUUUGGCACUUGAGCUGUUCAACGGAAAAAACAAUGUCACUCAUUGUCUUUCUCUUUAUUAUGGUGCCAUAAGUAGAUAGUCUGAUUAUCAGUGUAAAAAUAGUAUGGAAUUUAUGGAGUUAAAUAAAUGAGCUUAUAUUAUUCACCGAUAACGAUAACAUUAAAUUUUCAAAUACUUAAUAUUUUUGAUAGCUACAUUCCAUUCUAUUUGAAUCUUUAAAAAGUUUUCCUCCAUGUCAUUGUAUUGAAGUACAUCACCAUAUCGUCAAUGUAUUAUAAUUUUUUUACAUCACCUCAUUCACUUUGGGCUUGCAGAGCACUUGGCUUCUAUAAAUAUGUGCUUGCAAGUUGCUUUGUUUCUAUAAAAUGGAGUUGCAGAUCAAUUGGCUUUGAUAAAAUGGACUUGCAGGUCACUUGGCUUCUAUAAAAUGGACUUGUAGGUCACUUUACUUCUAUAAAAUGGUUUUGCAGGUCACUUGGCUUCUAUAAAAAUGUGCAUGUAGGUCACUUUGCUUCUAUAAAAUGGUCUUGCAGGUCACUUGGCUUCUAUAAAGGGGACUUGCAGGUCACUUGGCUUUUAUAAAAUGGACUUGCAGGUCACUUGUCUUCUAUAAAAAUGUGCAUGUAGGUCACUUUGCUUCUAUAAAAUGGACUUGCAGGUCACUUGGCUUCUAUAAAAUAGACUUGUAGGUCACUUUGCUUCUAUAAAAUGGACUUCCAGGUAACUUGGUUUCUAUAAAAAAAUGGACUUGCAGGUCACUUGCCUUCUAUAAAAAUCGACUUGCAGGUCACUUUGCUUCUAUAAAAUGGACUUGCAGGUCACUUGGCUUCUAUGAAAAUGUGCUUGCAGGUCACCUGGCUUCUAUAAAAUAGACUUUUAGGUCACUUUGCUUCUAUAAAAUGGACUUGCAGGUCACUUGGCUUCUAUAAAAAUGGACUUGCAGGUCACUGAUCUUCUAUAAAAUGGACUUGCAGGUCCAUUGGCCUCUAUGUAAUGGAUUUGCAGGUCACUUGGCUUCUAUAACAUGGACUUGUAGAUCAAUUUACUUCUAUAAACUGGAAAUACAGGUUACCCUUUAAAAUUAAGUUACAGAUCAUUUGCUUAUAUUAACAUUCCAGUGCCAGUGAAAAUCUCUCGUGACAAUAUAUACCGGGUAUAUUUUAUAUGGUAUCCUUCUGUCUGUGCAGGACGAUGGAGUGGCUAUGGACACUUUAUCAAAUGGCUUACGAGGCCAGGUAUAUAUAUUACACACACA